AUGGUUAAUCAAACAUAUAGCGGUACAACUAAUAUGAAUUCAUCAUCAUCAUCAGAUCAAAAUAAGAAAAUUUUCCUUGGUGGUUUAAGUUAUAAUACUACUGAUGAAACAUUACGUACAUUUUGUUCUCGUUUUGGUACAAUGACUGAUUGUGUUGUUAUGAGAACUUCUGAUGGAAAAUCAAGAGGUUUUGGUUUUGUUACUUAUGCAGAUGUAUCAUCUGUCGAAGAUUUUAUGCGUUCUAGACCACAUACAAUUGAUAAUCGUCAAAUAGAUUCAAAACGAGCUAUGCCACGUGAAGAUCAAAAUAGUGCUGAAUCACAUUUAACAGUAAAAAAAUUAUUUGUUGCUGGUUUACGUGAUGGUAUUGAUGAAGCAUGUCUUCGAGAAUAUUUUUCUCGUUUUGGAAAUAUUACUGAAAUUCUUGUUAUGAAUGAUCGUGAUGGUAAACCUCGUGGUUUUGCUUUUGUUUCAUUUGAUGAUUAUGAUGCUGUUGAUAAAGUUAUUCUUGAAAAACCACAUUUAAUUAAUGGUCGAACUUUAGAUGUUAAAAAAGCUGUACCUAAAGAAAAAAUGCAAGAAAUAGCAAGUUCAACUGGAAUUAAUAAUAAGAGAAAUUAUAAUCAACGUAAUAAUUUUGAAUCAAUACGAAAUAAUAAUGAAAAUGAUUGGAAUAAUCAAUCAUCAUCAUCAUCAUCAUAUGGUCAACAAGGAUAUAAUUCAAAUGAAUCAAAUUUUAAUCAAACAAUACCAUCAAAUACAGGUAUUUAUCCUUCAUCAUAUAAUUCAAUAGGACAAAAUCAAUUACCACAAUCAUCAAUGAUGAAUUAUAAUUCAUAUAAUACAAAUCCAAAUAUGCCUUAUAAUAAUAAUAAUAAUAAUAAUCCAAAUUUUAUGCCAUCAUCUUAUGGAACAAAUCAACAACAACAAGGUUAUGAUACAAAUCCAAAUAGUUUUAAUAAUAUGAAUAAUCCAUUUUCUUUACCAUCACAACAAACUGAUACUAGUGGUUAUAAUACUAAUUCAUCGAUGUCAAAUCCAUUUAAUAAUACAAAUUUAUAUGAUAAUACUUCACAAAAUUAUAAUGAUAAUGGAAUGAAUUAUUAUAAUGAUAUGCCAUCACAACAAUCAUCACGUGGAAGUGGUCCUAUGCGUGGUAAACGAGGUCGAGGAGGUGGUCCGUCUGGAAAUAAUAAUUCAUCAAGUUUUGGUAAUCGUUCAGGACCCUAUUCAAAACGUGGUAGUAGUCGAGGUGGUGGUGGUGUAUCAAAUUUUAAUAGUCGUGGUCGAGGUCGUGGUCAAUAA